CGCAUGCGCCUUGCGGAACCUGGGUACAAUGACACCGAGGAUGUCGAACGCUCAAUCCGUGAGCUGAAACCGAUUGUACGAGGAUAAUACAGAGGGCGUCAUGAGCACGCAGGCUUUAUAAACACGUAGUGAUACUCCUUGGCCCUGAAUAAGGAACGACUGGUGCCGGGUUAACCCUGGACGGGCAGUCGCGUUUCCCCGGUGGAAGGUCCUUGGCCCACCGCCGCCAUGUUUGUUGGGGGCAAGGUGGUGAAGCGCAUGCGCGACCCUGCACGGGCAGGAAGAUAAUGACAGCACAAUAGCUGAAGACUAUGGAGUCCCAUGUGGGCCACAGCAGGGAAUUAGAACAGGAGGAUUUGAAAUCGGAAAACUGAAACCCAAAAUCACAUCCAGAUCAGAUGGAAUUGUCCAAUUUGUCCCACCUGAAUAACAUUGGACUGUGAACAUGGAAGGUAAAAGCACUGUUCUCAGUGAGGAGAAACGAUGCAUAUGUCGUGUGUGUGGACGAGGCUUCAGUCAAUCAUCUGGCCUGUCGAGACACAAGUGCAGUCACACUGGGAAGAAACCAUGGAAAUGCGAAGACUGUGGGAAGGGAUACAGAUCCCCAUCUCAGUUGGAAAUUCAUCGACGCAGUCACACUGGAGAGAGGCCAUUUACCUGCCCGGAGUGCGGCAAGGGAUUCACUCUGUCAUCCAACCUACUGACACACCAGAGAGUUCACACUGACGAGAGACCUUUCAAAUGUCCAGACUGUGGGAAGUGCUAUAAAAGCUCUGGGGAACUGAUUCGCCACCAAGGUGUUCAUGUCGAUGACAGACCUUUCAGGUGCUCUCAGUGUGGAUCUGGAUUCAGACGAUCAUCUCACCUCACUGUACACCAGCGAGUUCACACUGGGGAGAGACCGUUCAUCUGCUCCGAGUGUGGGAAAGGAUUCGCUCAGUUCCCCAACCUGCAGAAACACCAGCAGGUUCACAGCGCUGAGAAGCCAUUCACCUGCUCCGACUGUGGGAAGGGUUUCACUCAAUCAUUCAGCUUGCUAAGACACCAGCGAGUUCACACUGGGGAGAGACCAUUCACCUGCUCGCAGUGUGGGAACACGUUUACUCAGUCUUGCAGCCUGUUGAGACACCAACGAGUCCACACUCAGGAGAAGCCAUACUCCUGCUCCUUGUGUGGAAAGGGAUUCGCAACUUCAUCCAGUCUACUGGAGCAUAAGCGAGUUCACACUGGGGAGAGGCCAUUCAACUGCUUUGAGUGUGGAAUGGGAUUUACUAAGUCAUCCACCUUGGUGAGACACCAGCGAGUUCAUAAAUAACUACAGUGAUGAGAUUCUGCUGUUAAUCAGAUCAAGGACAGGACCAAGUUCAUUGGGUUCCUGCUGAUACUAAUAAACUUCUGCCCAGUCAUAAGCAUUAAUAUUCUGGAUAAAAGUCAAAUAAAUCAGCUUUGUCAUGAA